AUGGCUGCCAAGGCUGCAAAACUCAUAAAAGAAAAGAGGACCAUGUCCAAUGAGAAGAGGAGCAGCACCCCAUGUGUAUCCACAGCCACCACCACUUCGGCCACCACCACGUCGACCUCCACCUCCGGCGACAACACAAGGGAGGACAAUUUCCCAUCGCUGGGAAGGCCACAGAAGAGCAGGGAACCAUGGUCGGCAGAGGACACUCUAAAGAUUCAGACUAAGCUACGGCAUUUGAUAAAAAUGUCUAGCCUCCCGUCAAGGCUCGCGAUAAGGGAACAGUUUAAAUCCUCUGUGCCUUCCAUUUGGGGAAGGCAAUCCACAAAAGAAUGGCAGGACCGCUGCGUAGAAAAGGUAAGGUCUCUGUGGAAGAAGGACAAGUAGUAGGUCCUGCCAUUCUUUUGUGGAUUAAAUAAGUUGACAUUGACAAAAAAAAAAAUCAUUAACAAGAAAACCCUAAAAAGGGAA